AUGGCAGUGGUUCUGUGCUCAGUAUUUCAGAGGCCUCCAGGCAGACUACAGACUGCGAAGAAAGGUGCAGAAUCUCUCAUUGGUACAGAAUGGAUUCGUUACAAAUUUACCAAAUCAAGAAUUCCAGAUAAAGUGUUUCAGCCUAGACCUGAAGAUCAUGAAAGGUAUGGUGGAGACCCCCAGUGUAUCCCUAACCCUAAUAAACUGUGCAUUGUCACAAGAAUAAGAAGUACAAAGAGGCGCCCAUACUGGGAAAAAGAUACCAUCAAGAUGCUCAGACUACAGAAGGCAUACAGCCCUCAAAUUCACAAGAACAUCCCAUUGGUGAAUGCAAAGCUGAAAGUUGUUAAACACCUGAUAUGCAUCCAGCCCCUGAAGCUGCCACAGGGACUUCCCACAGAAGAGACUGUGUCCAGCACAUGCCUCAAGAGCACUGGGGAGUUGGUGGUGCAGUGGCAUCUGAAACCUGUGCAGCAGGAAGCAAAGUCCUGA